AUGCCCAACUACAUUCUAGCAAUCACUAGUACCACCGACGUCAACGACGAUGAAUGGCUCCUACGCGAUACGUUGAUGUUCAAGGAGCUAUUGGGCACCACCACAUCUAACCACUCUCAGUGGAUCGUUGCCAUCCACCCUCGUCAGCUUAACCUCGUCGUCGGAGACCGUCGUUCCGAACGAUCCCCAGACAUCCGAGAUGGUUUCACUGUUGUCGAGCCAAUACGCCUUGCUGACACAUUCCUGUGGCUACUCAGCGAUAUGCUCAGGAUAAUCCCCCCUGAUGGACGACUGAUUCUCGUCGUUUGCGGUCACGGCGAAGAGUACAGCGGGAACAUCCUAGUCGGACCGGACGCCAACGGUAACAACCCUUUUCCUCCUUUGCGCAAAGAGUCGGUGGAGACUUUUAUCAUGGGAGCGAACUUGAGGCCCGAUCAGGUGGUCGUGUUGUCCACCGCCUGUUAUAGCGAGUUGUGGGCAAGUCCGUGUUGGACACUCGUGUGUGGGGCGGAACACGACCAAGAAUCGGUGUCCAUCCCCAUGUCAAUCUCAGGGCACUACCGGGGCGGAUUCCUGCCUUAUUCACGCGACAACCCAGACUACUGCAAGGAAACUGUGGUGGCAGUUGACGCCAACGAUCCCAUUGCAUUCCCGCGACCAACCCUUUCAGCAGCAGCGGCAUGGAUGGAGGAUUUCCGCCGUACUAUUGGCGGGAUCGCCGACAAGUAUGCGUCGACGUCAGCUCGCUUGCCGACUACUGCCUCUUUUCAAAGCAGAUUGAAGAUGAUCCCAGCCGUCGUCGCUCAUGAGGACCCUAGAGCGGCUCCUAUAACUCUCAAUCCUGUAGAUGCCAACACCAUCGUUGAGCUCAAAGAACUCUCACGUCGCGUCCUCGCUCACCACUUCCGGAACACAGGAAACGCAGUUCCCAUUAUGAAACUUGCCUGGAUUGUUUCUCAAGGGGAUGCUGCGACGUUGACGCCACCGCAACAGCACCGUCUUCUCAGGUCGCUUCGCAGGUGGUCCCGUGACUGUGCUCGGGCUGAGGGGAUCGCGCACACACUUGGAUGGGUUACAACCAAUCCGUCACGAGCGGAGGAGUGGGACAAACCGCACGGAGUACGAGAGAUGGAUGAGGCACAGGCGGCGGGGGCUAGAAUACGAGAGGAGUUCGGCACAAGUCUCGCCAUCCACCGUUGGUCAUUGGGCCCGGGAUCGUGGCUAGCGGCGGCCUGGCGCGCAAUGGGAAGGCCCAUGGUAGAAGAAGCCGACUGGACGAGGGCUGUCAUGUUAUCAUCAAUAUAG